AUGGAAGUUAUAGAAGAAACUCUUGAAUUAAACGCAUCUAUUGAUCAAGUAAAAAACAAUGUUGUCACCGAAGAAACUGCAGAGUGUAUAGUAACGGAUGUGUGUCACAAAUCGAACGGUGAAGCUGAACCGGCUGGAGAAGAGAAUGUUUUAACAGAAAUUGUAAUUACAAAAGAAAGUGUCGAAUUGCUUGAAGAAAAUAACGAAGUAACUGUGGUAACAAAUGAGGUAGAAACGUCACAGCAAAUAGCGGCUGUCCAAGGUUCUGUCACUGUAGCUUUAAAUGAAAAUAGUCCUAGCCAAUCUGAUCACAAUAUUGAAAAAGGGACUGAUCAAACAAAUGAACCGGAUACGGAAAUCAUAGUGAAAGACUUUGAUAAAACAAUCUAUCAUGAAAUUGAAAUUCAGGCAACUGAAUCUAUCAUCGAAGUUUCUACAGAACCAUCAUCAGUUGAAGUAAAUAAUGAAGAAACAUCGUCGUUUCAAUUAAGUAACGAAAUAUUAGCAGUUCAAGUAAAUCAUACAGAUUCAUCCAAUAAAGAUAAAGUCAGGUUUAAGACUGAAAUACUAAUUGAAAAAAAUGAUCAUGAUAUUAAUGAAAAUGACUUAAAUGAGACAAACUCUGAUGAACAUGCUACUAAUAAUAUUUUGAGUGAAUUAGGGCAAAGUAUAGAACUAAGUGAAGCCUUAAGAUCAUCUGAUGUGACUGAUCAUGUGGAAAGUAACAAUUGUGCUGGGCGGCAAGAAGUCUUUAACAAAGAAGAACUUUUAGAUAUUUUGCAAGGAAAAGAUGUUGAAUCUUCUGCCAAUGAAGCAGUUGAACAUAUGGAAAUUAAUGCUAUUAAUUCUAAAUCUUUAGAAUCCCAGUUAGCUUUACAACAACUCACACGAUUAAAAACUAUUAAAAAGAAAAAGAGCACAGAAAAAACAUCAAAACCAAAAAAAGUUGAAAAGAAAGAAGAAAGUAAGAAAGAUGAAAGUAGAAAAGAAGAAAGUAAAAAAGAAGAAAGUAAAUCUGAUAGCAUUAUUAAUGUAUUAGUAAAGGAUUGGGAUGAUGAAGAAACUUCAGAAACAGAUAAGUCUGCGAAAUUGCUUAAAGAGGCAGACUCCCUUUUGAAGUCCUCUGAUGAACUUAAAGAAGUCCAAAUAGCAGUAACAGCUAAGGAAGAAUUUAUAAGGACUUCCAUUGAUUCUGCAACAAGUGAAGAUCACAGCCAAAAAUCUAAGAGUGGAGAUGAAGGUCAGCCACAAAGAAGACUAGGGAGAAUCAUUAAGAAAAAAGUAAUUUUUGAUCCAGAUAAUCCUGACACAUUUACAAAAAGUAAAGCUGUAAGUAAGAAUAAGGAAAUAAACACUGAAAAAGAGUCUCCACCUCAUAAGAAAGGAAAGACUGAUUUACCUAUAGUGAGAUCUAAGUCAAAGUCUCCUAUAUCUAAGUUGCAAUGGAAGAAGCCAUCACUAAAAAAUGUAAAACAAAAUAAGAGAUUAUCAGAGGUUGAUAGGCUUCUGAUGGAUGAAGGUGCUGUCAAUAUGAUAUACCAGCUAACUCCAGAAGCACCAAAGGGUAAGAAAAAUGUAAGGACUAAAGCAGAAUUUAUUAAAAAGAUUCAAAGCUCUACUCCUGAUGGCAAAGAAAUGAAGUUCCGGGAACGAAAGAAAGAAUCAUCUAAAUAUGAAGAAGGAGAGGCAAAAAAGAUUUUAAGUGGAAAGCAUAGAGUAUCUUUAAGCAGUUCUGUGAAGUCUCCAUCUGUUUGCGAGGAUUUUGAGACUCAUAGUGCAGAUGAUUCAAUUAUAUAUCGACGUCAUUCGUCUAGUUCCUAUUCCAGCACUUGUAUGAGUCCUAGGCGACUUAGUGAUGUAGAUUCAGGUGUCACACAAAACACUGCAAGGACUUCACUAAUAGUAGAGAAGGGAAACAAAGCUUCAGAUGGCAAUAAUAAACAAACAUCAGAUACAUUUAUGUCUGAUCCUAUAAAUAUAACUAACAGUGAAAUCAUUAACAGGGAAAAUUGCUUAUCUAUUAAGGAAAAACUCAACUCAAAAUUGUCCCUUGCCUUGAAUAAACGAAAACGAGAAAACAGCAAAAAUGAUAAGCCACCAAAGCAAAAGAAAGUCAAAGAAUCUUUCACAUCAAAAAAAGAUAUUGAUGUUAAUUUUAAGUAUUUAACUAUAAAUAUUGAUCAAAGAUUAGCUGAAAUCACUAUUCAGAAAGGACCCAAAUAUAACAUUGAGGUUCUUAAGGAAUUGGAACAAGCCUUGAUAUAUGUUGAUGAAAGAAAAGACAUAUCAGUUACUUUGAUUACAUCCCAAUGUGGCACAUUGUGUUCAUUAUUAGACCUUAGUCCACUAUUGGAUGAUGAUGAGAAAAAGAGGGCCACAAAUGCAUUUGAAAUUGCUGAUUCAGUAAGGUCUCUGCUUGGUGCUGUGGAGCAACACAGCAAGUUGGUGUGCGCGGGCGUGUGGGGCGCGUGCUCGGGCGUGGCGCUGGCGCUGGUAGCGCGCAGCGACGUGGCGCUGGCGGCCGACGGCGCCACGUUCGCGCUGGCCGCGCACCCGCGCCGCGCCGCGCUGCAGCCCGGCCUCGCCGCCAUCACGCCGCCCUCUACCACACUGCCGCGCUCACUGAUAAACGAUCUGGUUGUGUUCGGGCGGCGGAUUACCGCUUCAGAAGCUCAGCAAGGCGGACUGCUGAGCCGCUGCUUGUGGCCCGAUCGCUUCCCGGAACAGUUGCGCGCCAUCGUCAAAGAUAUCGCCGCACAGCCGCAACCGAACAUUCUGUUGAAGAAGCAAUUGCUGGGUAUCAGAAAGAGUGGUGAAUCCCUGUCGACAUUCCUGUCCUGUCUCGAGACUGAGCGAGAUUUGUUAGUCGACUAUUGGACUUCUGUUGAAGGCCAGGAGUUGCUUCGAGCUGAUCAAGACCCCGUAUAA